UCCGUACGCGAUGAAGAGGAGGAACCGCAACAGCGAUAUAACUUGAGACCGAGGAAACAAAUAAACUAUGGUAAUAACCCAAUUCAACUGGCACGCCAAGUUCCUCUAGUCUCUCUUAUCCUGGCAAUUCUCGGCUUUGUGGGAUUACAAGUUCCACAAGUACAGAACAGCCUCACUCUAUACGCUGUAUACCAGGUGGACUUUUGCUCAGCAGUCAUCUUCAAUCCAGAAUGUUGGCCCGUAGGUGCGAUCUUGGCAGCUGCACUUAUGAUUUACUUCGUCAUCACAGGGUGCUAUGUUUUCCUUUAUGUUCCACUUGUAGUCGGAAGUCCGGUACGCAUAUUGGCAGGUGUUGCACUUCGUGGUAUCUGUCAUAUCGUUGGUGUUGUCCUUCGACGACUCGGCAACAUUGGACAACGAAGACGUCGAAGAAAACCGGCUGAUCUAGUAGAACUUUUAGCCGUGGCGUCACUGAUAGUUUGUCAAUACAAAUGCGGAGAAAGUUGUCAACAAGUCGACUUAUUUUCGCACACCUCCACAGUCUGCGAAAAUACUCUCAACGGUAACACAGCAAGCCACUCUAUAAGCAAGCGUGAGAUCUUUCGCUGCAACCGGUGGAGAGAAACAGCUAAGGUCAAAUUCACACAUACGGACAUACGCCAGAAGAAAACACAGUCCUACACAGCUUUCAUGAUACCGUAUGUACCAAUUAAGUGGAAUUCGUUCACGCUAACUUUGUCCUUAGUGAAAUCUGCUCCAACUCCUUUGCUGAACACUCCGUUUAUUACCGACGGCAAUUCCACCGCUAUAUGGAAUCCGCAAUUAACACCACUGUUGGAAUGCCAAAAUAGGUCUCAAGCCCAAACGUUUGACUGCAACAUAGCAAACAAGUGCGUGUGCUACCCAGCCGAAACGCAAGCAAACUGCAAUUGUGAAAAUCUUAACAUUUCGGCGUGGAUUCAUGACUUACGGCAUCGACUUCCUUUGGUGUUCCCCUCGGUGAUCUUCAAAAGGGACAGAGAAGGACAAGUUCAUGCAACAAUUCCUAGUAUGACGACAGCAGAAAUAAUAAUGACGAUGCAAGGCAAUCUGGAAACCGACAUUUUGGUUGAUGAAGCCACAUGUUCGAUUUCAAACACUUCGUCAUUACGCUUUAGCUUCGACACCGCAAGAAUUCAUCAGAAAUGCAGAGCAUCAUGUGGGCAAUCCGUGACCAUUUUUGAAAUCGGUGGACUAUUAAAGUACCCUCACACGGCUUCCAAUAUGGUUGAUAGAUGGUUGAGAGGGGAAACAAGUAGCGAACCUGUUGGAUUUCAUUGGCCCGAUUUUCCACAUAUCCUUGAUGUAUUCCUCAUGUGGUAUAAGACUCUGUUAUCAGCAGUCUUGGCGCUAUUGGUAUGUCGUGAAUAUCCGCAUAUGGAAUACGAGUCACGAAAUGGAUCC